AUGGCCGAAAAUUCGUCUGCGCAGAAUUCUAACGGCUCGAAUUCCAGCAUCUCUAACGCUGAACUUCAAGCCGUCAAAGUCGUGUAUCUGUCGCUGAACUAUGUUGCGGCUUUGAGUAAUGUGCUGAUGAUCAUCGUCAUUCUCCGCAGUCAACAGCUGCGCCAAGGCUGUGGUUGGCUGAUUGUGCAUUGUCUGAUUGGCUACAGUCUGCUGUGUGGCGUAUGCUUUCCCAUCUUGCGCAUCCUCCAAGACAAAAUAUCCGAUCACCUCUACAAUCCGCCAAGCACGUACUGCAGUAACUUCCUAGUCGUGCAGAUGACCGUUCGUUACUCCAUCAAUAUAUUCGAAGUCGCCAUCAGCUUCAACCGCGUAGUGGCCAUUUGUUGUCCCCAUCAAUAUAAAAAUGUCUCCUCGCGAUUUUUUGUUAUCGGACUGAUUGUAAUGGUGUGGUUGAGUGCGUUCUGCUUGGCGCUGCCGGGUGGAUUAGGAUUCGGUUUGAAGUUUGUCUUGACUCCUCUGGGCAGCUGCGCGUUCAUUCAGCUAAAUAAUCUUGGACUGGUUAAUUUAACUUUGGGUUUCUACUCGCCCCUCGCAUUGGCGGCUUUUGGGUAUUUUUUGGUUUACGCUAAAAUCAUGAAGGCAAACUGUGGAAAACCAAGGGUGUAUCAGAGCGGUGCACAUUUUACUAGAGCGUAUAACCGCCGGCUCGCCACGGCCAACAUGAUGUUUGUUGCUUUUCUAUGGAAUUCGGUAUUUUAUCUCCUUAUUCCCGUUUUGAUGAUGACGGCGCCGCAGAUAUUUUCGUCGGCGCCCAAGCUGCAUCUCUGGAUUACGACGUUGCAAGUUUUCGGUUACAUGCUGAAUCCCCCCAAGGAGCGUUGUUAG